UUUGUAGGUUGUCAUAAUAAAAUAAAAUUUAGUGCCACAAAUUCUCUGUGUGGCAAUGCACAAGUCAGACACAACCUUUAUAGUUAUUUGCACAUAGUCAACAACCACUCCCUCCCUCCCUUCCUCUCCCACUGAACAGUUGCUCAUUACUUGAUAGCUACAUAGAUAGCUUAAUAGAUAUAUCCUACAAGUUCUUCUUGACUCAUAUUCCUGGUUUUUUAAUGUGUUUUUGGUUAAUCAGCACCAGAACCACGAUGAAAGUUUAACUGAACAGGAGUUUUUCAACAGCAACAGAGAUUGGAACUCUGCCAAGAUGUAUUUCAAAUGGGGAAGAUUCAGAGUUCGCAUUUUCCCACUACUGAGUAUCACAGCAAUUGUUUUGGUCUCCAAUCUUUUAUGGAGUUUUUCUGGAUAUACCUUCUGUCAUCGCGAGCCGAGUCUUUGUGGCUGUCAGAAAUGUCUAAGAGACAGUGAUCCUUGGUUUAAUGACAUCAUCAGUGAAGCUCCUGAACCCUUUCUGUCACAGAAACAUAUACCUUCAGAGGAAGAUUUCCUCUGGUGGAAGAACUUACAGGGGGCAAGACUUCAAAACUUGACUUUGUACAAUAAAACUCUAGAGAGGCUAUUUCAGACAAUAACACCAAUGGCAGAUGUUGGAGAACCUCGCCCUGAUCACUGCAGGAGUUGUGCUGUGGUGGGGAAUUCUGGAAAUUUGAGAGGAUCGCAUUAUGGACCUCUGAUUGAUUUCCAUGAUAUCGUAAUAAGAAUCAAUCGGGGGCGUACCAAAGGCUAUGAAACAGAUGUUGGAACCAAAACAACUCAUCAUGUCAUGUAUCCAGAGAGUUCUGCUAGACUGGACAAUACCACUCAUCUCUUGUUUUUUCCUUUCAAAACACAUGACUUUUUGUGGCUCAUGAAGGACUUAAAUCGAGGGGAAAAUGGUGCUCCAAACUUACAGAAGAUAGCUAACAAAGAUUUGAUCUUGAUCCUCCAUCCGGCUUUCAUGAAAUAUGUUCAUCAAGUAUGGCUGGGAAAGAAGGGUGCUUAUCCAUCCACUGGCUUUCUUGCUGUGGUUCUCAGCCUAGUGAUGUGUGAUGAGGUCAAUAUCUUUGGGUUCGGAGCAGACAGUGAGGGAAACUGGAGCCAUUACUUGAAUCCUCAGAAACAAAAAAUUAAAACAGGA